CGUGCACAUGAACAUCUUUGCUUCUUCCUAUCGCGUUGUAUUACUCAAUCUCACUGCCUCUACUCAAGAUUCUUAGCACAUAGCUCCUACUGCUGAUCAAAAUCAUGUCGACUAUUCCGAAGCCAGACGGUCCUGACAUUGAUAUUGGACAUCAAUUUCUAACGAUUAGUUGGACUUUGUACAGCAUUGCGACCAUUGUUGUUGUCCUAAGACUCUAUGCUCAAGCAACAGUCAACCGGAAGUUAGGAUGGGGUGACGCUCUCAUGGUCGUUUCUCUGUUCUUUGGGAUAUUGUCUGGUGUCAUGCUUACAAUAGCUCAUCAUUAUGGCUUUGGGAGGCACUUCUUCUACCUCACUCCUUCCGAGAGGGUCAAUUCUCAAAAAUUUACGUUCAUCAACGAACCGCUAGGUAUUGCUGGUUCAGCAUUCGGUCGACUUUCUUUUAUGGCAUUAAUGUAUCGGUUGUUUGGCACAACAAAAUACCGGCGCUGGUUUAUUAUCUUCCUUAUGACUGAGACUAUUGUCAUUAAUCUCGUCACGGCAAUCACCAUAUUCACACAAUGCCCUGAUGUUCGCUCGCUCUGGGACCCGGUUAACUUCCCGGGGAAAUGUUGGAGUCCGCUUGUCCAAGAAUACACGGGAUUCUUUCAAGGAUCCUGCAAUGCCGCAACUGACCUUACAUUGACUAUUCUCCCUGGCUACAUUUUCUGGAGUCUACAAAUGACCACAAAGGUCAAGCUUGGUCUGGCAUCAUUGAUGUGUCUCAGCAUAUUCGCAUUCAUUGCGUCCCUUGUAAAAGUUAUCCUCCUCAAAUCCCUCGGCGAGCGAUCGGACUACACAUUCAACACCGUUCCCUUCUUUACCUGGAUUAAGUAUGUCUCCCCCUCCCGAUGGCAGACAUCUCUCUCUCCCUUCUUCCGCAGUGGGCUAACCCGUACAGUGUCGAAAACACGCUCGUCAUCAUUGCUGCAUCUAUUCCUAUGAUCCGACCUCUAUUCGCCCGCGCUCCAAAGCCAACCUCCUCAUACGAAAUGAAUAAUAAGUAUAAUUCAAGAAGCCUUGGUAAAGGUUACGCCUUGUCGUCCACACCCCGCGUCGGCACAGGGACAGCGAAGUUUGAUAAUAGUAGCGAGGAGGUGAUUCUUCCUGUGCAUGGAAAAGGAGAGUCGGGGGCUAUCGUAAAAACGAUAGCAAUCACGGUUAAGGAGGAUGAGGAGCGCGCUAUUGGUGGUGAUGGAUAUGGAAGACGGAGUGUUGUAGAGAACGGGUGGUCUGUUGGCAAAAAGGUGUAAAGUAGAGUUGGGAAAGUGGGGAUUUCAAAAGUCUUGAUAUAAAUGCUUAGGAAAUCAUGAUGUCUAUGUUC